AUGGCGAUGGCGGAGGGCGAGCGGGCUGAGUGUCCUGAGCCCCCACAAGACGAACCGCCGGCUGAUGGCUCCCUGAAGCGGGCGGAGGAGCUCAAGACGCAGGCCAACGACUACUUCAAAGCCAAGGACUACGAGAACGCGAUCAAGUUCUACAGCCAGGCCAUCGAGCUGAACCCCAGCAAUGCCAUCUACUAUGGCAACCGCAGCCUGGCCUACCUGCGCACCGAGUGCUACGGCUACGCCCUGGCCGACGCCACGCGGGCCAUCGAGAUGGACAAGAAGUACAUCAAGGGCUACUACCGCCGGGCCGCCAGCAACAUGGCGCUGGGCAAGUUCAGAGCCGCCCUGCGCGACUACGAGACGGUGGUCAAGGUGAAGCCCAACGACAAAGACGCCAAGAUGAAAUACCAGGAGUGCAACAAGAUCGUGAAGCAGAAGGCCUUCGAGCGGGCCAUCGCGGGCGACGAGCACAAGCGCUCCGUUGUGGACUCGCUGGACAUCGAGAGCAUGACUAUCGAGGACGAGUACAGCGGGCCCAAGCUCGAGGACGGCAAGGUGACGAUCACCUUCAUGAAGGAGCUCAUGCAGUGGUACAAGGACCAGAAGAAGCUGCACCGGAAGUGCGCCUACCAGAUCCUGGUACAGGUCAAAGAGGUCCUUUCCAAGCUGAGCACGCUCGUGGAGACCACGCUGAAAGAGACAGAGAAGAUUACAGUGUGCGGAGACACCCAUGGCCAGUUCUAUGACCUCCUCAACAUAUUUGAACUCAACGGUUUACCCUCCGACACCAACCCCUAUAUAUUUAAUGGCGACUUUGUGGACCGAGGCUCCUUCUCCGUAGAAGUGAUCCUCACCCUUUUUGGCUUUAAGCUCCUGUACCCAGACCACUUCCACCUGCUCCGAGGCAACCACGAGACGGACAACAUGAACCAGAUCUACGGCUUCGAGGGCGAGGUGAAGGCCAAGUACACGGCGCAGAUGUACGAGCUCUUCAGCGAGGUGUUCGAGUGGCUCCCGCUGGCCCAGUGCAUCAACGGCAAAGUGCUGAUCAUGCACGGGGGCUUGUUCAGUGAGGACGGCGUCACCCUGGACGACAUCAGGAAGAUCGAGCGGAAUCGGCAGCCCCCAGAUUCAGGUCCCAUGUGCGACCUGCUCUGGUCGGACCCGCAGCCACAGAACGGGCGCUCGGUCAGUAAGCGGGGCGUGAGCUGCCAGUUCGGGCCCGACGUCACCAAGGCCUUCCUGGAGGAGAACCACCUCGACUACAUCAUCCGCAGCCACGAGGUCAAGGCCGAGGGCUACGAGGUGGCGCACGGCGGCCGCUGCGUCACCGUGUUCUCCGCCCCCAACUACUGCGACCAGAUGGGGAACAAAGCCUCCUACAUCCACCUCCGGGGCUCCGACCUGCGGCCCCAGUUCCACCAGUUCACGGCAGUGCCUCACCCGGACGUCAAGCCCAUGGCCUACGCCAGCACGCUGCUGCAGCUGGGGAUGAUGUGA